AGAGGACUGCAUGCGGGAAGGAGACGCGGCCACUCGACUCGAAUUAUCGUUUUAAACGAAAGAAAGAAAUGUUCUUUAUUUAUUUAACGAAGGUGCUUCAACAAGACAGUGGAAUAUAGCUAUUUGUGUCACUCCGUUUGUUUGUUUUUGUGAGUCACUCAAGACUCAAAUGACAAGGAGACGUUCACCACCGAAACAAUGUAAAUGAACGAGAUUCGUUAAAUUAUACUGAUUCUUUUACGAACUAAACAGCACGAGUUUAAAUCUGAGUAUGUGCGUUGUGCAGAGAUCGAGUUGCGUUUGAUGCUUUGGCUAAUCCGACCAAUUUUGGACUGAAACAUCUGGUCCUUUGGUGCUCUGUCACAGUUCACACCUUUUAUUGAAGCCACUCCCAUGACAUUUUACCAGUAAGUUCUGUGAGUAUUCCCAUCAUCCUACAAGAGAAUAUAAUAUAAUAUGUUGAAGAUGGAGUUUGUUAAAGAAGAGAGAGAAGACAUGAGUUAUCCAGAAUCAUCCCGAAUAAAACAUGAAGAUACUGAGGAACAAAUAGAUCUGAUUGAAGUGAAAGAGGAGAGUCAAGAGCUGAAUGAAGUGGAGGAUAAACGUCAUGACUUCAAAACAGAAGAAAACGAUUUUAGCUGCUCACAGACUGAAAUUAAUUUCUCACAAGAGAGAACUCAAAAAACAGAAGCUGAAAUAUCUUUCACCUGCCCUCAGUGUGGAAAAACGUUCACACGUAAAGAUGCCCUUAAGAUGCAUUUAAGAAUUCACACUGGAGAGAAACCCUUCACAUGCCAGCAGUGUGGAAAGGGAUUCAAAUCUAAAUCAGAUGUUAAGAAGCACAUGAUGAUUCACACUGAAGAGAAGCCUCAUACCUGCCCUCAAUGUGAAAAGAGUUUCAAAAUGAAAUCACAUCUUAAGACGCACAUGAUAAUUCACACUGGAGAGAAGCCUCAUACCUGCCCUCAGUGUGGAAAGAGUUUCAUUGAAAAACGGUAUCUCAAAUAUCAUAUUGGCUGUCACUCCGGUGAAAAGCCGUUUAACUGCGAUCAGUGCGGUAAACAUUUUGCGACGAUCUCAUAUCUAAAAACACAUUUGAAGAUUCAUACAAACCAGAAGCCUUAUGUGUGUUCUUCUUGUGGAAAUAGUUUUGUACAACUCCAAAAUUUGAAAAAUCAUCAGAAAAGACACGCUGGUGUCAGAGAUCAUAUAUGCUCCGAGUGUGAGAAGAGCUUCACUACAGCCAACCAAUUGAAAAUUCACCUCAGAAUUCACACUGGAGAGAAACCUUACAAGUGCCAUGAGUGUGAAAAGCUGUUUGCAUGUAUAAGUAAUCUGAAGACGCACAUGAGAAUUCACAGUGGAGAGAAGCCUUGCACGUGUCCUCAAUGUGGAACCAGUUUCAGAUAUAAAUCGAAUCUUAAUAGACACAUGAGAAUUCACACUGGAGAGAGGCCUUAUACGUGCCUUCAAUGUGGAAGGAGUUACAGAUGUAAAUCAGGUCUUAAUAGACACAUGGGAUCUCACAGUGAAGAGAAGCCUUGCACGUGCCCUCAGUGUGGAAUAAGUUACAGAUAUAAAUCAAAUCUUAAAAGACACAUGAGAAUUCACAGUGGAGUGAAGCCCUCAUAG